CGUUUUGCCUUUGAGAUUUUCUUCGUUUAUUCCUCGACCGCUUCGAGAUCGAGAGAGAGAGAGAGAGAGAGACAGAGAGAGAGAGAGAGCUGCUCGCCUUUCCUUUCUUUCUCUGUUCCUGGCUCGACCUGGAAUUGACAGAGAUUUUUUCAAUUUUCAUUAUCGCCGGCGAUCCGUUGGGAAGAAAUUUCGAGAGAGAGAGAGAGAGAGAGAGAGAGAGAGAGAGAGAGAAAUUCCUCCAUUCGCCAUGCUGACGUGGCACCCGAAAGAUGCCGUCCCUGCUCGACCGUAGCAGCCCCCAUCAUCAUCCGAUCUUGACCGUGGGCCCCACAACCGCAGCAUGGACGUGGAUUCCUCCAUGGCGCCGGAAUCCGAUCCAGAUCAGACCGCGAACCACCACCCCGAGUCGUCCGACCUUGACACGCCUGCCUUGCCGAUCCAGGCCGCCGAUCAGCAUCCCGAUGAUCCUGACUCUUCAGCCCCGCCCACACCUUCCGCGCAUCAGCAGCUGCAGGCGCCGCCUGUCCCUGGGCCCCGCCCUGCCCCCACUUACUCUGUCGUGAACGCAACCAUUGAGAAGAAGGAGGAUGGGCCCGGGCCCCGAUGUGGGCACACGCUGACCGCUGUUGCUGCUGUUGGGGAGGAAGGGACGCCUGGUUACAUCGGUCCCCGCCUCAUCCUCUUCGGUGGGGCCACUGCCCUUGAAGGGAAUUCUGCCGCUUCCGGGCCCCCCUCUUCUGCUGGAGCCGCUGGAAUCCGUCUAGCUGGCGCAACUGCCGAUGUCCACUGUUACGACGUGUUGUCCAACAAAUGGUCUAGGCUCACUCCACUUGGAGAACAGCCCUCCCCAAGGGCCGCGCACGUCGCAACUGCUGUGGGUACCAUGGUGGUUAUUCAGGGUGGAAUUGGUCCGGCUGGCUUGUCUGCUGAGGAUCUUCAUGUUCUUGACCUGACGCAGCAACGACCACGAUGGCACAGGGUAGUUGUGCAAGGCCCUGGACCAGGACCACGCUACGGACAUGUGAUGGCUCUAGUAGGGCAAAGGUUUCUCUUGGCAAUUGGCGGAAAUGAUGGAAAGCGUCCUUUAGCUGAUGUUUGGGCCCUAGACACUGCUGCCAAGCCUUACGAAUGGAGGAAGCUGGAGCCAGAGGGAGAAGGCCCACCGCCGUGCAUGUAUGCGACUGCAAGUGCACGUUCGGAUGGUCUUCUUCUGCUCUGUGGGGGCAGGGAUGCAAGCAGUGUACCUUUGUCAAGUGCAUAUGGUCUUGCAAAGCAUAGAGAUGGCCGUUGGGAAUGGGCAAUUGCUCCCGGUGUCUCGCCAUCUCCUAGAUACCAACAUGCAGCAGUUUUUGUCAAUGCACGGCUGCAUGUAUCUGGAGGGGCACUUGGUGGUGGCCGCAUGGUAGAAGACUCCUCUAGCAUUGCAGUGUUGGAUACUGCAGCAGGAGUCUGGUGCGAUACCAAAUCUGUUGUUACCAGUCCUAGGCAUGGGAGAUACAGUGCCGAUGCAGCUGGUGGAGAUGCUUCAGUUGAGCUGACGAGGCGUUGUAGGCAUGCAGCAGCUGCUGUUGGCGACUUGAUCUUUAUUUAUGGUGGACUGCGUGGUGGGGUGUUGCUAGAUGACCUGCUUGUGGCUGAAGAUCUAGCUGCUGCUGAAACAACAAGUGCUGCUUCACAUGCUGCAGCAGCAGCAGCUGCAGCUCAUGUACAAGCAGGGAGAUUACCUGCAAGAUAUACAUUUGUUGAUGAAAGAACAAGACAAGAAAUUCCUGAAGCAGGUGCUGAUGGUGCUGUUGUGCUGGGUAGUCCGGUUGCCCCUCCUUUAAAUGGGGAUAUGUACACCGAUAUAAGUGCUGAGAAUGCAAUGCUUCAAAGGAGACUUAGUAAAGGGGUUGAAUACUUGGUUGAGGCCUCAGCUGCAGAAGCUGAGGCUAUAAGUGCUACAUUAGCUGCUGCCAAGGCCCGACAAAUUAAUGGAGAGGUUGAGCAAAUUACAGAUCGGGAUCGUGGAGCAGAGGCUACUCCAAGUGGGAAACAGAUUUCUACCCUGAUUAAGGUGUCAGAUUCCACCUUGACAAAUAAUGUCCCACCACCUGGAGUUCGGCUGCAUCACAGAGCUGUUGUUGUUGCUGCAGAGGGGGGAGCUUUGGGUGGUAUGGUCAGGCAGCUUUCCAUUGAUCAGUUUGAAAAUGAAGGCCGGCGGGUUAGCUAUGGUACUCCAGAGAAUGCAACUGCAGCUAGGAAGUUAUUAGACCGACAAAUGUCUAUCAAUAGCGUGCCUAAAAAGGUCAUAGCACAUCUUUUGAAGCCUCGUGGUUGGAAACCUCCUGUCCGAAGGCAAUUCUUCUUAGAUUGCAAUGAAAUUGCAGAUCUUUGCGACGGUGCAGAGCGGAUAUUUUCUACUGAACCAAGUGUUCUGCAAAUCAGAGCUCCUGUUAAAAUUUUUGGUGAUUUACAUGGUCAGUUUGGUGAUCUCAUGCGCCUGUUCGAUGAGUACGGGUCUCCUUCAACUGCGGGAGACAUAGCUUAUAUCGACUAUCUCUUCUUAGGAGAUUAUGUUGACCGGGGCCAGCACAGUUUAGAAACCAUUUCCCUUCUGCUUGCAUUGAAGGUCGAGUAUCCAUACAAUGUGCAUUUAAUUCGGGGGAACCAUGAGGCAGCUGAUAUCAAUGCCCUGUUUGGAUUUCGGAUUGAGUGCAUAGAGCGCAUGGGUGAGCGUGAUGGAAUCUGGGUUUGGCACCGCAUAAACCGAUUGUUCAAUUGGCUUCCUCUGGCGGCUCUUAUUGAAAAGAAAAUCAUUUGCAUGCACGGUGGUAUUGGUCGGUCUAUAAAUCAUGUAGAACAGAUAGAGAACCUACAACGGCCAAUUACGAUGGAAGCAGGAUCAGUUGUUCUUAUGGAUUUAUUAUGGUCAGACCCAACAGAGAAUGACAGUGUUGAAGGAUUGCGUCCAAAUGCUAGAGGCCCAGGUCUUGUUACUUUUGGGCCCGACCGUGUCAUGGAGUUCUGCAAUAACAAUGAUCUACAGCUGAUUGUCCGUGCACAUGAGUGCGUGAUGGAUGGAUUUGAGCGUUUUGCCCAGGGCCAUUUGAUAACUCUUUUCUCAGCCACCAAUUACUGUGGUACUGCUAACAAUGCAGGAGCAAUCUUAGUUCUGGGAAGAGACCUCGUUGUUGUUCCAAAACUCAUUCAUCCCUUGCCACCAGCUAUAACAUCACCGGAAACAUCACCAGAGCGUCAUAUUGAAGAUACAUGGAUGCAGGAGCUUAAUGCUAACAGACCACCAACACCAACCAGAGGUCGUCCGCAAACAGCAAACGAUCGGGGUUCUCUAGCCUGGAUUUAGGACGACCUUUUGAUGUUGAUAUCCAUUUAAAAGCUCCCUCAGCUGCCUAAAAGCUUGUGCUACCUUCCGGAUUUAUCGUUGUUCAUUCCUUCAAGUACACGAGGGUUUAAGGAAGAGUGAUUGGCAAUCUGGGGCCUGUGCCAAUUCAUGUUUUGGAGGUUGAGAGGAGUUCCUGGACCACACCACUUUCCACCGUGAGGAACGGAUGGGUCUGAUAAAGUAUGAUGUCUAUAUAAGCAUAACCUAGAGCUGCCGGCUGCAGGUCCAGUGGCUAUGUAUUGAAACAGAUCCUUGACCAUCCAAAGGUAGCCUUUGUAUAUCGAGCUGCAAGCAGAUUGUCCCCAUGUUUUUUUCCCCGGAAUGAUAUUGUCAGUCUUCAGGUAAUUCUUUUCUUCUUUGUUUAGAUGUGUUCUUCCACAAAUCAGAAUAUGAUGAAGAUAUAUCAUGUAUCAUAGAUGGUCCAUAUGUGCAGCAGCAUAUUGCCUUUGUGUAAUUUUCACUGUUUGUACAAUGUAAGUUUUGUGUGAGAAGAGAAAUUGGACUUGUUCCA